GAGAAACGUUCUUCACUAAACAUUUCUGUGUGGGUAUAGCAUAGGAUCUUCACUAAACAUUUCUGUGUGGGUAUAGCAUAGCAUCUUCACUAAACAUUUCUGUGUGGGUAUAGCGGAAAGUAUGGAACAAAGAGAGGGCGAAAAAUUUGAUGAAAAUUGGUGGGUUGUUCAAAUUGAAUCAGGAUUAGAGAGCGAAGAGAGAUCAGAUGAAUCCCACGAUGGUCUUAUUCAUACCGUUCCAAAGUCUCUCUUGACCAAAACCCCUGAGUUCUAUCAUCCUCAAGUCAUCUCCUUGGGUCCUUACCAUUUUCAGAUAAAAGAUCCACAAAGAAAUGACAUCGAACUUCUAAAGUCAGAAGUGGCAAGAAAGAUGAACCGUAAAAUCGAAGGUGGCCUAAAAUCGGUGAUGGAAAAGUUUAAGAAGGAAGGAGUCCAGGAUAGAAUAAAGAAAAGCUAUGCUAAAAAUUUUGAGCUUAAAAGUGAAGCGUGCGCGUGGAUGAUAGCGAGGGAUGCCUGUUUUGUUCUAGAGGUCCUCGACAGAUUUGGAAAAGAUGAAGAUCAAGAGAAAAGCAGGAAGGCUGUCAUCGAUAGUACUCUUAGCAGGAAACGACAUCAUCCUCUGUUGACAGAAAUUGUGAAAGAUAUGCUCAAGAUGGAAAAUCAGCUACCAUUCUGGGCAUUGGAGGAAAUUAGGCUUGAUAUUGAGGGAUCAAAUGCUGAUGUCUGGUUUGAGUCGGCACUAAAAAAUGUAUCCCCCAUCAAAGUAGCAGAAGAGAGGAAGCGAGAAUAUCACAGAGAAUCGCAUAUCUUGCAAUUGCUUCAUGACUACAUUAUUGACAAGCAAGACACCGUGUCCCACGAUAAACAGACAGGAUCCACAUAUGCCCUUUUGAUAAGGAGAUAGAGAAACAUGUUCCAACCGUAGAGGAACUAAAGAGAGUAGGAGUGAAAUUCAAGAAAUUGAGGGGUGACAAAUAGGAAUUAGUCACAUUAAGUUCGAAGAGAGUG